ACAUAGAUCGAGCAAGUGAGGGUUUGUGGAAAAAGGAAAGGGAGGUGAUCCUGAUCCACUGUGUUCCAAUUAAUGGAAUUACCUUCCUCCUUGGGAGGACUGUUAGUCAUUUGCAGAGACGUGAAGCAGUCAGUAGUGCAUCUCUCCCACCAUAUUGUCCAGCGAGCACUAAUAAGGUAGCCCUGACCGCCGGGCUUGCUCAUUAGCAUAGCCCGCGGCUGUGGCAACCCCUGCCAGGGUCCAGCCGGACACUUAAUUACUGCCCCGGCUCCUUCUUCACCACAUCCAUACUCCCUGCCUUCCUUCCUAUGGCUUCACCCUGUGCCCUACCUCCUUAACCCAAGCACACGUACCACCAUGAGCCUCCCAGUCUUAGCAGGAACGAGAGGCUAAUCAUUUUGGUGAUGUAAAUGUGAUGGCUCUAGUCUCGGUAUGUUGUGACAGUCUUUCAUGUUAUUUCACUUUGUAGGGCUUUGCGGUCAGCAGUCUGUGCGAUUUUUAGUGAUUCCCUGACCUGCACUAUCCUCCUCUCUCUAUCUCUUGUUCCUUCUCUCUCUCAUUCUUAUAUUAGCUCAUGGGCACGACUCUCCUUUUGACAUCAGCGCAGUAUUGAUGCACCCCCUUCCAACCUUAAUCGGCUAAUGGCCUCCUCUUCUUGCCUGCCCAGUCAGAUCAGCCCCUCCCUUUUUGCCAUCUCUCUCUCUGUCCCUUCCUUCCUUCACUGUCCCGUCUCCUCUCCCCCCCUACCCCGUUCAGGCCUGGGGUCGGGGAGGCCAAUAUUCAUGCCUGGCUAAGCAACAGAGUAGCUUUGUGUGUGUAAGAGAGAGAGGAAAAAAGAGAGGGAACAUGUUAGUCAGCAGCCUCGCAGAAGUCAUGUGGUCGGUGACCUCUUGACCUACCUUUUACUCUAGUGUCCUGCUCUUCUCUCCUUUCUCUAAUUCACACGCCUUCCUUUUAUAUAUUUACUUUUUUUUUUUUUUAACUAGUGAUCUUUCUGUGCGACAAGGUUAGCUGAAAUAUAGCUGGCACACGGUCUGUAUGUCUACAUCUGAGCACGAAAGCACACACAUGCGUGCACAACCCUCUGACCUGGAAAAGCCUCAGCCAAAAUAAUCCUGCCAAGUUCACAACUGGAGAUUGUUGACAGCUCUGUGUGGUGAAACAAUGAACAACUCCACUACCUGGAAGGUCCAACUGUUUUUAGCUGUAGUUACGGGCUGUGAGCCUCCUGGUUUCUUCCUUUGACAGGUUAGCACAACAAAUUUCUAAACGCUGUACAUGAAAAUAUUUUUAUCUGCUCUGUGUGCAUCUCUGGUCAAGCUCAACACUGUUUAUUCUGGGAAGUCUUGAAGCCUUUGGCCCUCCCUUUAAUGGAGUCUCAGGCUGGACUUGGACCCCUUUAUAGGUCUGUCUUUGUCUGUCUAUAAUAAGGUGGCGCUAUACAUCUCAGUGGCCCAGAGAGAAAACUCCCUCCCGUUUUUGCCAGUGAAUCAUCCGUGUGUGAGUGAUAACAGAUCCAGACUGCUGAGCACCCCGCAGCUGUUUGUCUCAACAUGCAAGUCAUCCCCGCCAUUACACCGCUAAAUGGUUCCCUUUCAGUGGCAGACACUUGCCGCCUCGGCCAGUAUCUCCAUGCCUCCAUCAUCAAACCAGCCACCGUUGAGGAGCCGAAGCAGUUAAAUGUGUAUGUCAGGGGAAAAGAAAAAAAGGAAAAGAUAAUCAUGGGCAGGACUUUAGCAAUUAAACGUGUGUUUGUUCUUCAAAGAAUGUCUCCAUGUGUACGAUGUGCAUGUAGCAGUAGCUGUAAGUACAGAACUGGCAUGAAGGCCCCUUAGAGCUGGUCUGGAGACCACGACCUUGGAAAAUGUCAUUCUGUCCACAGGGGUGGCUCGCCUGUGACACACAAAGCCAUGGUAGUGAAGUGCGCACUGUAGCACUCAGGCAGAAGCCCAGUGGCUUAGUGUUGUGUGCAGCUGCACCUAACCCCGAGGUUUAAGAUUGAACUUAGGCAGCAAGAAAGUUCAGCCUCAAAGCUGAGACCUCGGGUCAGUAAUCUAGCGAUUUCCCUCUAACCACAUUACAGCCAUUAGUGGCUCUUGCUGCUUUUCGCAUGUCACAUGGAAAUGGGUCAAGCCCUGCCCUGCAUGACUCACUGGCUCCUUCUCCCUCUGCCUCCCUUUAUUCCUGUUAACCCUACUCCGGUGGUAAAAUGGCUUCAAGCGGCAUGGUAAAUUGGGUUCACAAUCGGUGCAUUUUGGUGUUUUUCAUUCACCUUAAUAAUAGUCUCAACAGACAAAGUGUCACACGAGCUCGUCAGUGCCAUAAAGUGCGUCCUGUAAUAUCUUGUCAAGGUGAAGGCUACUAGGCAUGUGGCUAUAGGAUGUUUGGAAAGCACUAAGGCUGAUAUUAUAAGGUGACCCGUUGCUCUGCUUUUUGACAUCUUCCUCUGUGUUACUGUAAAAUGUAAGAAAGGAAGUGGGGAUGUGUUUGAGAUGAGAAGAUAUCUGGAAGUGUGCAGGCCCUGUUUGAUAUCUGUUGCAGAAGGAGAGUAGCGGUCACAGCGGGUUGUGAUUGUGGUCACCUUUGCGGACCACAGCGAGCCAUGCUGGCCAGAUGUCAGCCAUCUCUAAUGAUCCCUACAGGUUGCUGGGCUGGGUUGCCUGGCAACGAUUUUGCCUUUGCCUGUAAACAAAGAGCGGACCCACCGGGCCUCAGCGAGGGUCGUGAAGAUGUGGACAGCAAUGAGGAAGGAGGGCCUGAUGGCACUGCUGUGGAGGAGGAAGGCUGGUUUGGGAACGCCUCUGACACGCGCUCAGAGUCGUCGUCUUUUGGAGACACCCAGGAUGAGGUCCUCCUGCCCAGGGGCUCCUCUCCCGACGAACGACCUGGAGUCAGCGCUGGGUCUGGGGAUCAUGACACCUGCGGAGGUGAGAGCUCGCUGGGUUGCCCCACGCCUGUCCAUCGUGCCUCUUUGGAACUUCUUGGACUGGAUGGAGGUGCUUUCUCGGCCCAGGACACGCUCUCGUCUGUGGUAUCGUCACUGUACGGCGAGGCAGCAUCUCGAGCCCUGGGAAAGCCCCUCAGCAGCAACCUACGGCGCCUCCUAGAAGCUGGGUCGCUAAAACUCGACACCGGGGAGCUCCUGGGUCGGUCAUCACGGGGAGGGGCUGGGGGCGACUCUCCUCCAAUAGGUCUAGCCCCACCUUUGACACUUUCUCCAUCUUCCCACCACGCCCAGCAGUUAAGUGCUCUUGCCCGAAAACUGGCCAGUAACAACAACAACAGUGGCUCGGCCUCACCGGCCUCCACAGCUCCUUCAGCCACCAACAUCAAGCAAGAGCCCCUAGACCCCUUUAACUCUGUCACCCCAAGCAACGGCAGUGGCUUUGUAUGGGCAGGUGUAGCAGAUAAGUGGCCCCCAGCCAGCUGCUCCACGCCCUGCGGCUCCAGCCUGUCCCCGGACUCUGCAAUCCAGAAGUUAAAAGCAGCAGCCAACGCUGUGCUUCAAGACAAGAACGCUGUGGCCUCCUCUUCAACGACAUCUUCCUCCUCAUCCACCUCUGCCUCAUCUGCAGUGCCCACCCUGGGUGGGGGUGGUCGAGGAGACGAUGUGGUGCGCUUCGAUGCCUUUAACUCUCCGUUUAGCCCGCAGUCAGCUAGCUCCACCCUCGCUGCGCUCUCCAAGAAAGUCAGUGAACGGAGCCAAGCCUCGUCAACGGGCAGUGCUGCUACGGACCACCAAGCAGCGAGUUCCUUCCUCUCACUUGUGUCUAUGACCUCCUCCGCUGCCUUGCUCAAAGAGGUGGCAGCCAGGGCAGCAGGAAACUUGCUGGCAGAGAAGAAAGACGGUUCCCCCUUGGCAACUACUGGGGUCCUCCAAGAGGACGUGAAGCCCCUGUUGGACAAGAACCAGAAAGCACCCACGCCCUCUACACCCAAUCAGAGCCUAGAGUUGCUGUUGCCCUCUCCUCCUAAGGGCAGAGGGAAGCCCAGCAACCAAGCAGGCUCUCCUGAGGAUGGUGGCAAACCAUUCCAGUGUCCUGUGUGUGGCCUGGUCAUCAAACGCAAGAGCUACUGGAAGAGACACAUGGUCAUCCACACAGGCUUGAAAAGCCAUCAGUGUCCGCUGUGUCCCUUCCGCUGUGCUCGCAAAGACAAUCUCAAGUCCCACAUGAAGGUACAUCAGCACCAGGACCGGGGUGAGACGUUUCAGUGCGAACUCUGUCCCUUUACCUCCUCCCGUCACUUCAGCCUGAAGCUUCACAUGCGCUGCCACCAGCACUUCCCACGCACAGACGUCAAGGUGAAAGAGGAGAUCACCACCGACACGGAGGGCGAGGGCUCCCUGAUGGGUGACGGCAGUUCCGCAGACAUGAGAGCGACGGAGGUGUCCCCGCUGCACUCGGACGCUCAGCAGCAGACGUCCCCUCCAGUCGAGGCGUCCUCCAAUCACGUCCACAUCAAGGAGGAGCCACAAGAGCGAGACCUGUCCGUGCUCUCCCCUUUCAGCAUCUGCAGGGACCGUGCCAGCAGCAGCGCCAACUCCCUGGACCUACCCGGAGUAGGGGUCGGAGUCGGCGUCAGAUCCAGCCCCAGCGCUCCGACCACAGCCUCCUUAUUCAGCCCUGACAUCACUACCAAAACGGCCACUGACCUGCUUAUGAAGCUUUCAGCGGCCAAUCAGAGGGAGACACUCAAAUCUCCGUUCCAACUGAAGGAAGAGCCCAAAGUGGAGGAAGCACUGAGCCCGAGACCAUCCUCCCAGUCCCAGAGCCAGAUCCAGCCAAGCUUCCCUACGACUUUCAGCCCAGACGGGCCAACGGUGGCUGCAGCAGCCACAGAUCGCCCAGGGUCACUGAAACCAAGAGAAGGAAGCCCCAUGGCUAAGAACAGCUUGCUGAGCCAGGAUAUCAACGUUAAGGUUGCCUCUGAGCUGCUGAUUAAGCUUUCAGAGAACAACAAAGAUGCCCAAUACCAGAAGGUGAAGGUAAAGGCAGAACCCAUGGAGGUGGACCCGCCACCUGCAGACCUCACCCCACCUGCCUCCCACAUGCUAGCCUUCAGCACUUUAGGGGCGAGUGAAAAGAGCGAGCCAAUGAGUAACCUCCACGAGACGUUGGCAUGCCCCCAGAAAGAUCUCUUCUCGCAAGACAUAUCGGUCAAAAUGGCCUCUGAACUAUUGUUUAAAUUGUCAGAAAAAGUCAGCAAAGCCAACAACCACAAAGACAGUAACAUGGUGGGGAUAAACAGUCCAUUUCUGGACGAGUGCUUCAGACAAUCACCCUUUAACUCGCGCUCCAAGAGCACUUCGCCCGCAGAGGCCAGCUCCUCUACCAGGGUACCAUUCAACGACUCGGAAAAGGAUGACGGAGAGCUGGGAAAUGGGAUCGCCCAGUGGAGAUUAAACGAACAGCUCUUCCCCUGUCCCAUUUGUGGCAAGGUGUUUGGUCGACAGCAGACCCUUUCUAGACACCUCUCCCUGCACACAGAAGAGAGGAAGUACAAGUGUCACCUGUGUCCUUAUGCAGCCAAGUGCAGGGCUAACCUCAAUCAGCACCUGACCAUCCACUCUGUCAAGCUGGUCAACACAGAUGCUGAGCAGAUUGUCAGCGCUGUUACAGCCGACUCCACCGAGCGCAAGAACUGCCCGUACUACUACAGCUGCCAUGUGUGUGGUUUCCAGACGGAGCUGAAUGCCCAGUUUGUCAGCCACAUGUCGCUCCAUGUGGACAAGGAGCAGUGGAUGUUCUCGCUCUGCUGCAGCGUCUGUGACUAUGUGUGCAUGGAGGAGACCGACAUGAGGAACCACAUCAGCACUGGGCACACAGGUCUGAACUCGAGAAGUCCCCUCAGCGAGACCAAGAGCACCUCAUCCUCCCUCUCGGCCCUCAGCGACUCGCUCAACAGCUCGGAGGGCGGAGACCUCACCCACGGUAACGAAGAACUCAAGAGCCUGUUAGCCCCGCCCUCCUCCGCCGGCAGCCAGUCCAGCUCCGGAAGCCACUCGGGAUCGGGAACCGAGGACAAGUCUGACAAAGGUUUCGAGUGCGUCUUCUGCAAUUUUGUGUGCAAGACGCGCAGCAUGUACGAGCGCCACCUCCAGAUCCACCUCAUCACACGAAUGUUUGAGUGCGACGUUUGCCACAAGUUCCUCAAGACGCCCGAGCAGCUGCUGGAGCACAAGAAGUGCCACACCGUCCCCUCCGGAGGGCUCAAGUGCCCUUUUUGCAUCUACUCCACCAAUCGUCCAGCGGCCAUGGAGUGCCACCUUAAGACGCACUGUAAGAUGGAGUACCGCUGCCGCAUCUGCCAGGGACUGUGGCCCGACCAGGCCUCGCUGGAGGCCCACAUGCGCAGGCACCGCCUGGGCAACCACUACAAGUGUGAGCAGUGUGGCUACUUGUCCAAGACGGCCAAUAAGCUCAUCGAGCACGUGCGCGUGCACACGGGCGAGCGGCCCUUCCACUGCGACCGCUGCUCUUAUAGCUGCAAGCGCAAGGACAACCUCAACCUGCACAAGAAGCUGAAGCACGCGCCGCGCCAGACUUUCGGCUGCCAAGAGUGCCCUUUCACUACCACACACCCCUUCGUCUUCAGCCGCCAUCUCAAGAAACACCAGAGCGGGGGAACGGGGGGGAUGGACGGAGCCUUAGGGGGAGGAAGAGGCGGAGGAGAAGAAGAGGAGGAAGACGAGGAGGCGGUAGGGGAGGAGCUGCCGAUGGAGACGUCACCGGGUGGCUCGUCGUUGCAGAAGAGCCAGGAGAACUUCCUGUUUGGCGGCGGCGGUGGUAGCAGCAGCGGAGGCAGCGGGAGCAACAGCCCUCUCAUGAGCCUCACGGCAUCUCAGGCGCUUCAGUCCGUCGCGCUGUCGCUCACGCUGGGCAAGUCCCAGCAGCUGGACCCCGCCGGCCCCCGGCACGGUUUGGUUAACGCCAACGGCGUUGGCGGCGCCGCCCCAAGCGACCCCAGCGGAGCGAGCGUUGCCGGCGACGGCGGCAGCCCCUCCCUCUUCCUCCCUUCCUCCCGCCACAUGUUGGAACAGUACAGGAACUGCGACCGGGCCCACCUCAUCCCCCUCACCACCCUGUUCACCCACAACAGCCGCUUCACAUUCCACUCCCAGCUCCACUCCAGAUGGCGGCCGGCCACGUCUCCUCUCCUCUUCUCCUCCAACUUGGCGUCCCCCUCCCGCUCUUUCCCCUCACCCUCCUCCCACAAACACUCCUUCCUGGCCUACCUGGGACUGAUGGAGAGGGCCAAGACUGUCUGACCUCACCCGCCACUCCUCCUCCUCCCCCGCUUCCUCCUCCUUCCCCUUCCUGCUCUUUCCCCUCACUCCUCGGACGGUGGUGUGAAUGACACUUGACCACUGCGGCGGGAGCAACCCUUUUUUCCAAUCAGACCAGCAGAAUAAGCUGGACCAGAGAAAAAAAAGAAAAAAAUAACAUUUAUAAGAGAAAAAGGCUGUACAUGCUAAAAUGCAUUUAUAUAUAAAAAGCUGCUUUUCUUAUCAGUUCUAUCAAUUGAAUUAUUACUACUUCAGCAUCAAUUACUACUCUCUUUACCUGUGUUUUUGUUUUUUUGUUUUUUAAUAUUUUGUUUUUGUUUGUUGUUUUUUUCCCCUGUUUUUAAGCAUCUGAAUGACCUGGACCCAGCUGCAUUACCUGACGGAACUAACGUCUCUCACUUUUAUAGCUAAUUUUUCGUUAGUCGUUUCGAGGAGACAAAAAGACGAAAAACAAAACUCGCAAGUGCUACAAUUUUAGUGCAUUUUUGUCUAUCGCUAUUAUGCAUCGGAAUAGCAUGCCUGUUUCUGUGUUUCAAACUAGCUUUGACGUCAUUAGGAAGCGAAAUUCGAGAUAUCCUUGAAGUGUUAGCGGUGCAAUUGUGGACAGAACCAAUGAAACGGAAUGCUUUUCAAAAGCAACGCCUCAAACCACGCACUUACUUAUUUAUCAAUCUUGUACAUAGUUUUAUAGCCCUCCCCCUUCCCAUCUUUUUUUUUUUUUUUUUUUUUUAACUUUUAUUAUUAUUAUUAUUUUUUAAAUUUGUUUUUUUUGUUGUAUAAUGGUGAAACGGUAUUGUGCGUAGCUGCUGGCUGAUAUCGAUUCCAUCUCAGAGUUAGUAGUUAUUUCUAAGCUCAGAAAAAAAUAUAUGUAAGCUGUGACGAUGUAAAUAUGGAAAAUCCGACCUGUCAUCAAUCAAUCUAAAUAUGAAAUAUUGCAAAAAAAAAAAAAGUUACAAACAUCCGUUAGUCUCUCCUGAGACGGGAUCGAUGUCAGAGCAGCGUCACAUGCAGAACUAUGUAUCACGCACCUAUACUUAGAAGAGAUAUGAGAUAACUGUUUUGUGGAGGUGACCCGCUCUCGGGUUUAGCGAGCUAGCCCGCAGCAGGCGUCACCACAGGCCGAUUCAAUGGUGCUUUUUGGAGCUUUUGUAAUUUUUUUGUGUACAAAAAAAAAGGAAGAAAAAAAACUGUUCCAAAAUGACUUGAAUGAAUGUAUUUUUGUUUAUGUACAUGGAGAAAAAAAAAGGCGAUACAGAAGUGUGAACAGUCAAGAGACGUCUUCAGUGCUGGUAAAGGCGGGGAAAGUUAGUGUUUGGUGGCCUUUCUGUGUCCUCGUUUAUUUUUAUUCUCAUUUUUUUGUCCUUUAUUUUAUUUUUAACUGAGCCUUUUACAUCAUAAUAAAUCUUUUCUACUAGCGUUCAUAGAGAGCCCGUGACGAGGCAAAGCUCCUGUAGGUGCCACGAUGAAGCCAAGCCGGGCCUCUGUUAGGCCGGCAGACACGGUACUGCUUUUAGUCCCCCCGCCUCCUUCCCUCGUGUCAACCUUUUGAGUUUUAAUUGCACUUACUUUAGUUACACUUCAAGCCAAAAGCACUUAAACCUUUUAUUUUACACCCCCCCCCCCCCUUUUUUUUUUUUUUUAAGUGCAAACUUAGAUCCACCAAGUUAGCAUAAUGUGAAGUAGGCAGUAGUUGCUGGAAAUGACUCAAUCAACACCCCUUAGUUUCACAUUUAGAUGUUUCUGGCGGUGCAAAAGGGUCUGCCUCUGUGAAAUCAGAGAAAGCAAAUGAAUACAAAUUGCAUGAAUUAGACAGUAGAGGUCAAGCUCCCCCUGGGAACUAAAGGUCCCAGGCUAAAUUGUGAUAGCCAAUUUUGCACAGUGCUGCACUUUUUGAUUAUGAGACUAUGUAUUUAUCCGCGAGAAUGCUCGAAAACAAGUCUUUUUUUUGUUUGUUUUUUUUGCAAAAUGGAGCGGCACAAAAAAAGAGCUUUACCCGUCAUCGAUCGCGUUUGUGUUUCCUAAGUGGUCUUUAAGCCAAAAUCCCUUAUUUGUAAAGGGGUUGUUUUCCCUUAUUAUUUCCAUGUGUCUGUUUUUACUUGUGCAUUUUCUUUUUUAAAAAAUGAAAUAUUGUUGCAUGUUUAUUUUGGGGUUUUUUACUUCACUUAUGUAAGGUAAAAAAAAAAAAAAAAAGAAGAACGCAUCGAUUGGACAGAGAACGUAAAUCGUCAAGACCAAAUUGUAACUCGUGGCAGGACGUGAUGUUAGGAUGGAAUCCGUCACGUCCUGCUCUGGAGUGAUGCCUCGAUUGUCUCCCCCCCUCUUCCUCUUCUUUUUUAAAUUCCCGUUUGUUCCUUUUUGUUCUGUCGACGUCUGGCAUGCUGUCUCUGGAGUAAAGGGAGCAUCUCUCCAGCACACACACAGACACACAUACACACACUUUCCUUGUACUAUCUAUGUUAUCUUUUAUACUCUAGUGCCACUUGGUGGAAGGAAACCACCUGAGACUUCUGAGAAUGAGUCAAACUAAUUGUCAGGGUCCAAUAGAGGAAAAAAAACAGAGAUAAAUAAUAAAAGAAAAAGAAUGUGUCUCCUCUUGACACCUUUUUAAAAUGUCUGCCUUUUUAAUACAGCGUAAUCAUGAAUGGCUGCACUUCUUUACAUCCUCCCCCCUCCCUGUCUCCCCCCUUUAGUUUGAGUGUAAUGUUUAAAAAGGCAACAGGGCUCUCUCCUUUUGAAACCCAGUACUCUUAAGCACUUAUUCUCUUUAUUUUGCCCAACUGUAAGCAGCACAGUGACCUUUUUUUCUUUUUUUUGAUGCUUGACUACCUUUUUGAGCACUUCAGAGUAUGCAUGACAUUGUCCUCUAGUUCUUUAGCACUUAAUUGUGUUUCAAACUAACUCCCCCUCGGUUGCAUUUAGUUAGCAUCACACUGCACUGUCUGCAAUCAGUUAGCUUUAAGUUUGGCUGUAUUUUAUGAUUAGAAAAGGCUCAACUAUCUUAACUUUUGGCACUCGGUAAAGAUUGGUAUGUGCUGUACAAAGCUUUUUUUUUAUUACUCCAUUGUUAAGGCUGUACAGGGUUGUGAUGAUAACUGGUAAAUAGAUCAUUUGUACUUUUUUUUUUUUCUUUUUUUUUGGUUUUGUAUUUGUUUUUCUUUGUUUGGCAUUAUUUUAUGUUCAACUUGCCAGAUCUAAAUGUAACAGGAUUUGAAAGUAAAGCUUACAUCAGAUAUUA